AUGGCAUUCUCUGAAGCAGAAGUGCAGAGGGCUCGUGGGGCCUGGGAGAAGAUGUAUGCCAAUGCUGAAGACAAUGGGACAACUGUGCUGGUCAGAAUGUUUACAGAACAUCCAGACACCAAGUCCUACUUCACCCACUUUAAAGGGAUGGGUACAGCCGAAGAGAUGGAACAGUCAGAUCAGGUCAGGAAUCAUGGCAAGAGGGUCCUCACCACCAUCAAUGACUUGGUCCAACACCUCGACAGCACUGAUGCUUUCCUUGGGAUAGUGAACCCACUGGGCAAGAAACAUGCCAUGCAGCUCAAGAUUGACCCCAAGAACUUUAAGAUAAUCUGUGACAUUAUCUUGCAACUGAUGGAGGAGAAAUAUGGUGGAGACUGCAAGGCUUCCUUUGAGAAGGUGACCAACGAAAUCUGCACUCGCCUGAACAAUGCCUACAAAGAAGCUGGCUGGUGA